ACUGUGGCAGUGAGUACGUCCAGAGACAUGUUGGACAAAACCCACUGUCGAUGAUGGCUCUUUCCCUCUCUCUUAGCCCAUCUCUCUCUCUCCUCAGAUCUGACUAUGACUUGGAGUAUGACAGCUACCCAGAUGACCUCUACGGCAGAGUGUUUGACUACCAGGGUGUCCCAGCCUCCGUAAUGCCAGUCCUAGUGGAGCCCAGCCCUAUGAAACACUCCCGUGAUCCCUCUUUCUCCUCCGGCCUGCACCGAUCCAGAGACAGACCACAGGGCAAGAGGAGCACACAGCGCACUGGCUCUUCUAGGGCCAAAUUGAAGAUGGCAGAGCUGCUGGCCAUAAAGCGGGAGUUGACUCUGAUCAAGGUGCAGAUUGACGGACUGCUCGACAGCGUGGAAAAGAUGGACAGACAGAGGAAGGACCACUCAGAUUCACCUCCUACCCAGGAGGGCAGUGUGUCGGACUCAGUGAGCAGUCUGGAAGAUUCUCCCGUCAGCCUCCCACACAGACAGAGGGAGAGCCCAGAGCCUGGAGAGGCCAGCGAUGAUGACCAACACCUCCAACACUACCAGCGCCACUGCAGGAUAAAUAACCAUCAAUCUGAUCUGGAGGAUGACAUGUGAGGAGAUCAGACUCAAGGACCUCAGUGACAGCAGCACGCAGAGAUGGAGGGGGAUUGAAGUGAAAGGAGGCGUGUUCAUCUCUAAUCACAGUCAACACGGACACAAACCUCAAAUAAAUAUACUGUUCAUUACAAAGUAGAGCUGGGGCGAUAAACCGGAAAUUAUCGACAACAACCAUACCGAUCACUUAUCGCAGGCAUUUUGCUGAUAUCGUUCAUUACGAUAAGUAGCCUAUACUAGAGAAAUGUGAAGUUUGAAAUGAAUUAAGUUUGCUAAAAUGGGUGAUAGUCAAUGGGACAAUUGAUGGCUACAACCAUCAAACUAGAAGUAGUAGUUUAAAGGAUAAUGAAAAAACUGGUGUACAUCAAUGUUAAAAACGUAUCAUUCUAUUUAUCAUAAUUGCAUCAAUCCAGGCAAAUCAGUGAAUUGUUUUGUUUGAUGAAUAGGACAUAUCUCCCUGGUUACCCUCGGUUCCUUUAUCACAGUCAGAUUCUGCUCACCUUCGUGUCUCCAUUUCUCCUUUAAAACAGGUUCCUACUGACUUAUGGGCUCAACCAAAUAUGGCUGCUUUAAAAAAAAAGUGUAGUCUCUUGCGAAAGGGGACUGACAACCAGUGGUGGUUCUAGCUUGCAUGGCUCCCUGGGUGAACCCCCCCACCCUUCAGCAAAUCCUAUAUCACACAAAUACACAAAUAGAAGAACACACUUAAAAAGAAGAGAACCGUAUUAUUACACUAUUGCACUUCAAACAAGAAACACACUAAUUAAAUUGCAAAACUAAUUGCAUUAGUACUGUACAAAGUUAGAGGUGCGCUAUUUGAUAGAUUCCCCCGCUCCUCCUACCUCGGGCUUCCAGUGGGGAGACCUGACGUCAACCUACCCCGCCCCCCUCCCCAUCUCGUACUUCUGAGUGGGAGACCUUCCCAGGCAGUAGCCUGCAUAGCUCACAAACUAGAAUCAGGGCGCCCACUCCGACAAGGUUAAUUGACCCACAGUCCCACACGGGGACAUUAUAUAAUUGACGUGACGAGCAAAUGAGCGAUAGAAAAUCGAUCGCGCAAAUGUCACCAUUCAGAUUAUUAUUAUUUUUUUGGUGUAAAAUGCUACCAUGUCCUCUAUGCCUAAAUCCGCCACUGCGGAUAUGCUUCAGACAGACCGACAACUACAUUUUCUCUCAGAUUAGAGAUAAGGAUUUGCAAUGCUGUUUGCCACUUACUUUAUCCAGUUCGCCACAUAAUUGGAAUGUGUAAUAAAUCAAUUCAUAUAAAAAGUCAUUCAAGAUUUACCAGGCAUAGGCCAACAGUAUCAGGCAUCUACACUACCUGUGCGUUCUCCUAAUCUUUCCAUAUGUGUCUCUACCAAUUUCCCAGUGUCCACAUUAAUAAAGACUGUCAGUGUGAUAACAGCUGUCUGCAUGAUGUUAUCACUGGGCUUGUAAUCACCAUGCCUGUUGUCAUUAUUUGAAGCUCGCCAUGUUUGGAACUAACAAAGUGGUGCCCCUAUAGAACCCCAGGGACCAGUGUGCAUGGGGUUAUGGCUUUGGUGAAUUAGUGUUAAUUUGACUGAUUGAGAAACUUGAUUAUGAACCUAGAGGAGUCACUGCUGUUGUUUAAGAAUGGGUACUGCCCUCCCCUCACUGUCCCCACUGUAGAAGGGAGAUAUGUACAUGUACAGUAGAUGUUAAGUACUUAUAAACCAAACUACCAUGUUUUGUCAUUGUCAAUGACUCGAGGAGGGAUUUGGUUGAUUGAGUUAUUUUGGGGACCAUUACGGCUGGUGUCAAACUUAGGGGGUGCUUCAAUGUCACAACUGAACUAUUCUUCAUUGUAAAUAGUCAUAACAAUUGUCAAUAAUGCUAACGUUACUGUAUAACGUUCUACUCAUAGAAAUGUAUUCUGUUUCUAUGGUUUUACUAUACCAUGGUGAUUGUUUGAAAACAACAGUUGAAAAAAGUACAUUUCACUUUCUAAGCAGCAAGAAAAUGAUUCAAGACUGUAUUUAUGUACUCUGAAAAAAGAAAGAAUAUUGAAGAUAUGAUGAUCCCUUAUACAACUUGAUGAAUUGACUUACAAUUGACAUUUUUCUUGUUAUAUUCCCAUUCAUUCAUUAUAUAAAACAUUUUGCUUUUACUUUGCGUUGUUAUAUAGUAGGGCUGUCAGAGUUAAUCAGUUAACUCGAGUUAACUUUUUAUAAUUUUAGUGCACUUUUUAAAAUCGUGAUUAAUCGCAUUGAAAAAAAACCUGGAAAAUAUCCAACAUACAUACAUUUACAUUACAUUUAAGUCAUUUAGCAGACGCUCUUAUCCAGAUAAGAUAACAACAAUGUUAUGUCAAAACAAGUUGACAUUGAUUUUGCUUACCAGUACUUUGGACAAAAUCAAGACGCCAAUAUUCUUAAAAUGCUUUUAGUAUGAACAUUCUUAAAAUUACAGCUCAAUUUGAUCAAAUUCUGAAUUUGAGGUAGUGAUUAAUCGCUUCAAAUCCUGCUAUUAACUCAAUUUUUUUUAAAUCGUUUGACAGCCCUAUUAUGUUUAAUGAAGCCAGGUGGCUCUUUGUGUUUAAUAAAUACUAAAUGUGAACUAUACAUUGUGAUAGUAGGCUUAGUAAAUGUACAACUAUGUUCAUAUAACUGAGUGGUUCAGUUCAUUUGACCGUACAUUAGAGGAGUAGCCUAGGCCUAGAAAAGUGGUAGCUUAUUGAUUUCCAUUGUUCUCUGUACCCCACUCACUAAUUCACCUGACUUGUAUAUUCAUAAACCAAGUUGUUAACAAUUAGCCCAGUGGUUUGGACAUUAUUAUAUAUAUUUUCUAUCUGUGGACUAUUCCAAUUUGAUUGUGCAUUGUCUCUUAUCUUGUUAUGGGCAAUUAAGUCAGACACACAACCACAAUAAACACU